AUGGGAAUUGGUACAUUAAUAACUUUAUCAGGAUUCAUAUAUGGAUUUGGUUUGGGAUUCUUGAUAUCCUAUGUUGCUGCCUUAACUGGUGCUAUCACUGUAUUUUUGUUGAGUAGAAAAUGGUUUAAAAAACCUGUUAGAAAAUGGUUGAAUAGAAAUAAAUCCAUGAGUGCUGUUGUUAGAGCUGUUGAAAAAAAAGGGUUCAAGCUUUUGUUUCUCAUACGUAUAGCUCCUUAUCCGUAUAAUAUACUCAACAUGUUACUUUCCGCUACUCAUUUAUCUUUACCAACUUUUACUGCUGCUACUGCUUUAUCUCUUUUUAAACUCAUGAUUCAUGUUUGGAUAGGAACAAAGAUUUCAUCUUUUUCUGCCUUUUCUUCUCAUCUUGGUUUAAUUUCCGGUGAAAUAGAUAAUACUACUACUAAAACUCCUUUAUCAAAAAGUGAUAAUUUUGCAAAAUAUUUUCAUUUUAUAAUAAUGUUAUGCAGUAUUGCUAUUGCUAUUGGUAUAAUAAUUUAUGUAUGGAUUCUCGCAAGAAGAGUAAUUAAGGAAGUUGAGGAUGAAAAUGGUGAAUAUAUGUGGUUGGAUGCUUAUGAUGUUAAUGAAAUUGGUGAUAAUGUAACAUUAUUGGGUACUGGAGAAAUGAGAUAUAGAAGAAAUUCCAUCGCUUUUUGUGAUGAAGUCGAGGAUGAUUCUAAUAUAAAUAUUAAACCAAUCAAUAAUAAUCUUUUCAACGAAAAGGAUUCUUCAAUUCAAAUACAGA